UACGCAAUUCGGAGGUGGCUUUUAACAAAAAUAGCCACGGUUCGGAGAAAUGCCAAGCUAUGCCGUCGUCAUUAACCAGGCUCAGCUGGGGAAGAGGAAGUAGUGCACUGUAUUAUUCUCAUUCUUCUGCGAGCUGUCGCCUGCAGAAGCAAGAUAUUCCCGUUAGCGCAGCUUUGGAAAAGAAAAUUCCGACAGCCGCCGCGUCCUCUGCCAUUUUGUUAAAAUUCCAUAGGGUUGAGCUAGUAUUUGGAUAACGGGAGAGAGAAGAAAAAGGAUUUUAUGCUUUAGCAAUGUACCGCUGUUGACGAAGUUGGAGUCGUGGAUCGCUCUUUUUUAACAUCAGGAAACCCACAGAAGUUGAUGUUCAGCCUGGGGGAUCAGCAACAAUGUGCUCCAUGAAUCACCCAAACUGGGUGACAUUUGAAGAUGACAGCUCUGCUUUCCAGUCACCCCAGAAAUCUUUUCCAUCCCCCAGUACCAGCACCGCCACUCCCAAACCCAAUGGGUUGAAGCUAUCCCUGCCUCCUCUGCAUGACCCUGCCAGUUUCCACUUGUCGAACACCAGCCCCCUUACUUCACCACAGCUGCACUUUAAUGGAAGCCCCUGUGUACCCAGCAAUACACCCUUGUGCACACCAGUCAGAGAGACACCUGGAUUCUUCGGGAGUUUUUCUUCUGGUGGUACCCCUCUUCCAUCCCCUGCCUUAGACAGUAGCUGGGGGACUCCACAAUUCAGGGGACCUCAAUGCCCAUUUCCCCCUGGGGGGCCUAGUCCUUUUCCAGCCUUCCAGAACUACAGCGGACACACCAAUCCCUUCUGGGGUGAGGGGCGGGAAUCGGGUAGCUCUUCCUCGGAUUCUGAACCCAGCUCUGCUGACACCAGCAUUCCUCGGUUCUUCGUCAGGAAAGAUGGACAUGAACUUCCAGGUGACCAGAUCCAGCAGUCCUACACAUAUAUUUGCAAGAAGUUGGAAAGGCUUCGUGCCGAAGAUGAGGGAAGUGGAAGUACUGCCCCAGCCCAAAGGUACGAGGAGUCAAAAGUAAGAUCGUCCUUCAUCCCACAAGGCUUGUUCCGUAGCCAGAGGAGAGAUGGCUGGUCUCUGAUGCUCAGGAUACCAGAGAAGAAGAAUCGCAUGUCAUCACGCCAGUGGGGUCCCAUAUACUUGAAACUGCUGUUGGGUGGGGUCCUGCAGAUGUAUUAUGAGAAAGGCCUAGAGAAGCCAUUUAAAGAAUUUCAGCUGCACCCCUACUGCCGGCUCUCUCAGCCCAAGCUGGAGAGCUACAAUGAUCCUGGAAAAAUUCACACAGUGAAGAUAGAACAUGUAUCCUACACUGAGAGGAGAAAAUACCACCCCAAGAACGAGGUGGUACAUGAGGCAGAAGUGGAGCAGCUUCUGAAGUUUGGAACCACAGACUACAGUGACUUCACCGAUCUGCUGGCCACUAUGGAAGAGGAGCUCAUGCAGUUGCCUCCCCACUCUCAGCAGAAGAAACACUAUGAAGAGCAGGAGCUCUUCCUGCAAAUCACUGACAACUUCUGGGGGCGAAUAGACAAGGAUGGGAGAAUGGUGGAACAAGCAGCAGUAACUCACAUCUACUGUCUGGCCUUUGUCAAUGGAGGUGCCGAGUGUUUCUUAGCAUUGAAUGACCUGCAGUUACUCAGGAGGGACCCAAGUUAUGGGGGAGAGGACAGUGAAAGUUGGAUGGAGAUUUCUGACUACUUCUUUCACAAAAGCAUAAAUGAGAGUGAGUUUAAGAGAUCAAGACUCAUCAAAUUCACCCCUCCAGAUGCCUGCAGAGUGGAGCUAAUGCGUUUUAAGACACUUUCAACUAUGGUGGAACUGCCUUUCUCUGUAAAGGCUGUUGUGACUGUGCAGGGAGCCUACAUUGAGCUACAGGCCUUCUUAAACAUGUCCUCAACAUUAACAAGUUCUGUUCAUCUGGACUCGAUGCAGGUCUGCGAGAAUGUAUUCAUUCAGGUCUCAGUUCCAGGAGACUGGAUCAAAGUAUCUCGCACUGUGGCUCUCCUCAGGCAAAAGUCACUGAAGUCCAGAAUGAACAGAAAUGCCUGCCUUGGAUCUGUCACUACAGCUGACACAGAGCCUGUGAUGCAGGUCACAGUGGGAACCGUCAAGUAUGAGCAUGCCUAUGGCUCUAUCGUGUGGAGAAUUGAAAGGUUGCCAGCUAAAAACACUGCCGCAGACCAUCCACAUUGCUUUUCCUGCAAGCUGGAGCUCGGGUCCGAUCAGGAGAUUCCCUCGGACUGGUAUCCCUUUGUCACGAUGGAGUUUGAUGUAGCAGACACAGUGGUGUCCAGGACCAGAGUGAAAUCACUGGGAAUUGAGAGUGACAUUCAGCCCCAGAAGCACAUCGUCUCCAAAGCACACUUCCACUGCCAGCCUAAAUUAUACAAGUCCAUCAUUGAGGAUGUCAUUGAGGGUGUACGUGAGCUGUUUGUUGAUGAAGGUGUGGAAGAGCAAGUGCUGCAGGAUCUAAGGCAGAUGUGGGAAUCCAAGGUUAUGCAGUCGAAGGCAGUGGAGGGCUUUGUUAAAGACACCAUAAAUCCAUCCAACUUUCUUCUGCAGCUCCCAGCUAGCUUUGCUCAAACACUGCAGAAACCAACAGCCUCGAUAGUUAUACCUGCUGGCCAAAAUGUUCAGAAUUUUACAGCAGAUAUGAACAAUUCUGGGUCAGCAGCUACUCUCUCUCUCCCUCAAGGUGUCAGCUAUCCAAUUCAGAUACCUGCUGGAGUCACACUACAAACAUCCUCAGGGCAUUUGUACAAAGUCAAUGUCCCUGUGAUGGUGACGCGGGCUCCAGGAGGUCAGCGCAUUUUGCAGCAGUCGGUCCAGCACUUGUUAGAACAGCGUGAGGCUCCUGAGGCCCAGGCUGCUGCGCCGCAGACGGCCUCAGUCCAAAUCCAGUCAGCCGUCAUGCAGUCCUUACCUGAACAGAGGAAAGACCUGUUCCAGCAGGGGCCUUCUGGACAGCUUCUGCAGCAACAGCUUGUCAUGGGCCAGUGUGUGCAAUCCAUACAACCACCUGUACAGCAACCUUUAGUCAUUCAGCCUGGGGUGGCAGUCAGUCAGAUCCUGUUACAGCACAGUGACAGCUUGAGCGAUGGUCAAACUAGUGGGGACACCCCACAGAUUGAUGUGAGCCAGGCAUCUUCAGUGCAGCAGGCCUUUCCUGCCCAGCUCGGUAGCUUUCAGGUAAAGCCUGAUUCACACCUGCUUAGUGCUGAUGUAGUGCGUAACAAUGAGGAUCCUGGUGUGGUGGCUGAAAAGCCUGAGAAAUCUGAAUGCAGCAAUGUAAAACAAAUGAAUCUCCAGUGUCAACCAGAGGUUUCUGCACAGCCUGGGAUUAACGUGACAAAAGACUACAACUACAACGACAUAAUUGACAUAGUCCAGAUUGAUGGUACGUGUGACAGCUCCUCUGACGAAGGUGCAGGCACCCUCAGAGAAGUGGGUGAGAAUGAGUUCCUGGGGAUCAUUGAUGCAGAGGACCUGAAGGUGUUAGAAGGAGGAGGAGGGACCAGCACUUCAGACAGCUCCACAAGUGACACUGACGAUGACCCACCUCUGGAGGAAGUCGAGGAAGAUCCUUUAAAUUCUGGAGAUGAUGUCAGUGAGCAAGAUGUACCAGACCUGUUUGACACAGACAACGUUAUUGUCUGCCAGUAUGAUAAGAUUCAUCGCAGCAAGAACAGAUGGAAAUUCUACCUCAAAGAUGGAGUAAUGAGCUUCGGGGGAAAGGACUAUGCCUUCUCUAAAGCAAUUGGCGAGGCAGAGUGGUGAGGGUACCAGGAGAGGGAGCAGUUUGCUUUUGAGAAGGGUUUAGGGUCAGCAAGACUUGAGCAGAUUGAAACCCUGAUGUAAGCAUGGUUUGUGAGAAGAAAAAAAACUUUAUUUAGGUUGAUGUGGAGCAAAUGUGAUAUUUAAUGAACUGAGAAACAACUACAAAGCUAAAGUGUCUAUGCAAAUUGAGCUGUUGGACUGGAAGGAUUUAUAAUAAGCUAUUAUAGUGUAUUGCUUUUCUGGUUUAUUUUUUGUAAUGCCAUUAAAUUUGUUUGCUUCAUUUGGAAAGUUGCUUCUGAGCUUCCAUCAGGAGAAAUAUUCACAAUAUUACUAAUAACAGCUGUAUUCCUACAUAAUUUAUCCAGCUGUAUUAUGCAGUCUGACUGCAAAUGAGUUUCAGAAUGUUUAAAGCUGUUUUGUGGAUGGAAUUAUAAAACACUCAUUAGCACCACUUCAGAUUGGCCUAGAUUUAUUUGGAAAAUUUAGCAGCUCUGUUACUUCUUUUGGUUGUGAAAUUACACAAGGUGUCUUCUUCAAAGAAAUAUAUUUAAAAUUGCCAAACAUUACAUGUGAUGAUAAAUAGAAACAUUGCUAUGCAUUGUAUUUUUUUUUGUUAAAUUUAAUAAAUUAUGUGUUGCAUGCACAGAAGCUGCCUGAAUUUUUAAUUAAGGGUAUUUUUGUAUCUGUGAACCAAAAAUAGCACAAAGAAUCUGAAAAAAUGUUUUGGGUAAAUAUUUACAUACAGUAUCACCCUAGAUGUGGGUACAUUGGUGCUUGCGUAUUUACAAAACACUUUGAAAAUGUGUUUCUUUCGACAUAAAAUCUUGCUGAAGCAAAAUAAAAUCUAAACUGAAAUCUGAAACAAAGGACUAAUGAAAUGAUGAAUAGGGAGUUCUGUGCAUACACUUUGGGCUGUGACUAGAUUCUUCAUCAUGAAUGCUGUCUGUCUGAGUCCACAUAUUUUAUUGUACUGACAUUUUGAAGGAUUGCAAGGUACCAUGUUUCAUUUUUUGCCUGUAUUAAGCUGCCAAUAUUGUGUAGAGCCUUGCAUUCUUUCAUGCAUAUUUUGACUAGUUUGACAUUCAUAAAUCUAUAUUUGCACAAUUACAUAGGAUUAAGGAUGGUACAUUGACAAUGAUAAAAUGCCACCAGAUCUCAAUAAGCAGUAAGAAGAAAAUUAACAUCACAAUGUACAUGGCAUCUCACAGAUAAAAUAGCUAAUUUUGCUGUUCUUUCCUGAGUUUCAAGUAGACUUUGUAAUUAGAUCCACAUUCACUUCAGUGCUGUUCUCUCAGGCAUGCACUCAAAUUUCUAUCACUGUGUUCUGGUCAGAUUUGUAAAUAUGACUGGAAAAACUGUCUUGUUGCACAGUGUGGAAUAUUGUUAUGCUUAUCAAAUUAAGUGCAUGAAAAGGUAACUAGGGGUCAGUGCAGUGAAAUCCACUUUAAAAAAUGGAUGAAGUGAUGCCUGUGAAAUUAUUAUUUUCAUAACCUGUACUUUUUUGAAAAUGUUUCACUACGCCCAAGACAGAUUAAAAGUCAACCAUACCUUUUAUAAUAAAAUGAAUGAAAACCUGCUGAUAUCUUACAUUGGGGAAACCUGUAUCCUUCUGGUUCCCCAUGUCUCUAUCUUUCUCAACAUUUUUAACUCAAAUCUUUCGGUUGAUCACAUGAUUUCAUUAUAAGGGGCUCUCCCUUGUUUGACUGGAUACAAUGUGGACUCUUAAGCCUGCUGGUGAUGAGCCGAAAAAGGCACUGAGGCUUAUACUGCAUUCACCGAUUCCCUCAUUAUGGGAUUGUCCCAAACUCUUGAAUCUGAAGAUCUAAUCCCUCAAACUAGAAUUCAUGAUGGAAAAAGCAGCCUUUUCAGGUGCAAAAUGGAUGACAGUGUGAUCUUCUCUUUGUGAUUUUUCAAAUGCCCUGGGUCAAGGUGUCCUGAUUCUGUCUGCUAAUUGUUAGCUGGCCUUUUCAGCAAAAGCUACAAUUCAUUAAGUGGAAAUGCCAUUUUUUUCCAGGCAAUGUUCCUUUUUUUUUCUCUAGCCAAA